GCUUUCCCCUUUUUAAGUUUAUUACACACCUUCUCCUUCUUUCUUCCUCCCUACUCCCUACCAAUCUACCAUGGAUGUCGAGAAGAAAGAUGAACAACCUCUCCGAUCGCCUCACCUCCCCCACGAUCAAUCUCGGAAGCGUAAACGUCGGAGAUGCAUCAUCAUCUGUUCCUCAGUAAUCGCCGUUAUACUCGUUAUUGCUCUAAUCCUGCUCAUUUUAGCUCUCACCGUCUUCAAAGCCAAGAAGCCCGUGUUGACUGUUAAUUCCGUAGAGCUUCAGGAUUUUGGUGUCUCUGUGAAUCCGAUUCCAAUUCAAGUUUCCUUGAAUAUGUCUCUGGCACUCGAUAUUUCAAUUGAGAACCCUAACAAGGUCGGUGUUAAGUAUCGGAGCAGCUCAGCCAUUCUCCGGUACAAAGGCAAAGACGUAGGCGAGGUUCCUAUUCCGGCCGGUGAGAUUGGAUCCGAUACUACUAAGCAAAUGAAUCUGACGCUAACUGUAUUCGCUGAUCGGUUACUUUCCGAUUCAAAUAUCUACGGGGAUUUCCUGAGUGGUAACUUGCCUUUUACUACUUAUACUAAGAUAAAGGGUAAAGUUCGUGUUCUUUUCGUUCAUAUUCACGUCUCUUCUACGUCAACUUGUGAUGUGAAUAUCGAUAUUCAAAGUAGAAGCAUUGCAAAUCAAACCUGCCAGUACAAGAACAAGAUAUAGAUAGUAGGUGAAGGAAGAUUCAUUUGAUUAGCCAGCUACGGAUACUCGUAUAUCUAUUUUUUGCCAUACUUUCUUAUUGUUCAUAAUUAACUUACAUAUUUGAUAUGAAAUAAAACUAUUGCUGUUAUUGCUACUUUUUUUUUAAAGGAGAAAAGGAAAAAGAGGUUGGUAUUGUGUUCUAUCCCGUGUAUUAUGAAUUGAAUACUUCACCAACAUUACAUCAUGCAUCUUGUAUUGUAAUGUAGUAGUAGAUUUGAUGGUUCAUUUUUCAUGUAUUUUUGUGAUUCUAUUUGUUGAAUGAAGCUUCACUUGGUUCCA